AUGUGGCUGAUGGACAACCGCAUUUGCUCACAGACUGAAGUGUCCUUUAAAGAAGAGACGAGAAGUUGGUGGUCUCCACACACAAAUUAUGAAAAUAGAAUAUAUAGCCUGAAAGUACAAUGUGGACCUACAUACCCAGAAGCUCCUCCAUCAGUUAGAUUUGUAACCAAAAUUAAUAUGAAUGGAAUAAAUACUUCCAGUGGAAUGGUGGAUGCAUGGAGCAUACCAGUCUUAGCAAAAUGGCAAAAUUCAUAUAGCAUUAAAGUUGUACUUCAAGAGCUAAGACGUCUAAUGAUGUCCAAAGAAAAUAUGAAGCUUCCACAGCCACCAGAAGGACAAACAUACAGUAAUUAA